UUGAAAAGAUUGAGUAGGGAUGAGUGUUUAUUUAAAUAAAAAACCAUGGUCUCCUUUGGUCAAUUUACAAGCAAAGUAACGCUCUUGCCUCGUACCGGUAGUGCAACGGACUCCCUAUAGGAGGGUCGUGUGGUUCAAGUUGUUUGAUUGUAUUUCUUUAUGAUAAAAUCGUUUAAAUAGAAUAUAAUUUGUGAUCAUCAUAUAGAUGACGAAAUUAUUUUCAAUUGUUUAGAGAUUGAGACAAAUGUUGUUUACUCAAAUCGAAAUUAUCUAUGAACCUUUUAUAGAGGUUCUCGUCUAUAAUUUUGGUGACCAAAUAAAACGAUAGUAGACUUAAUAUAGACAUUUGUUGUCAAAUAUUUUUUAUUUAGUGGGAGGGUCUUAGCUUGAUUAGUGGACACAUUGACAUUUCCUAUAGAGAGGCAUGUUAGAUCACAUGGAUCAAGUCAUCGUUACAUUAUUGUAGUUAGAUGGAUCUACACAUGCAUUUAUGCAUCAUAUGCUAAAUUGUCAUUUCCCUGCUCAAUUUUUAAUAUGAGAUAAAUUGUUAUGUUUCAGCAAAAUGUCUCUCAGUGCUUUUUCCGUUAUUCUAAAACAAAAUCAACUUGCCGGGGAUAAUUAUAUGGAUUGGAAACAUAAUUUGAUGUUUGUGCUUAUUGUCGAAAAACUUGAUUUUGUGUUCGAAGAAGAAUGUCCUGAGGAACCUACUGAGACUACAGGCAAGUCCAAGAGGACUGUGUAUGAUAAGUGGAUCGCUGCUGACAAGAUGGCUCGCUGUUACAUUUUGACAUCCAUGUCAAACGUGUUACAGCAAAAGCUUGAAAAUCAGGAGACCUCUUAUAACAAACUAGAAAGCCUGAAGGGCAUGUUUGGACAUCAAAGUAGGAGGGCUCGCUUUGAGGCCAUUUGUACCUUACAAAACAUCUGCAUGAAACCCGGAAUGCUUGUGAAGGAUUAUAUGUUGACUAUGAUACACUUCAACGUGGCGAAGAAUCUAGUGGUCUCAAGGGUAAGGGUGGCCAUGCUCAUGUUGCAAUUGCUAGCUCCUUUGGCUCCAAGCCGAAAGACGGAAUUGGAAAGAAGAGGAAGAGAUCUAAUAAAAAGCCAGGAAGCAACAAAAAGUCCAAAUCAGAUGGAACACCGAAAGGCAUGUGUUUCCACAGUGGUCACAAAGGACACUGGAAGAAAGACUACCUUGAUGCACUAGCUAAAAAGCUGGGUGUUGGUGCUUCAGGAGAGCAGAAGACUCGAUGAGGGCCAGUUUAAAAUUAUUGUCGGCACAGGAGCUAUAGUUUCAGCAAGAGCAGUAGGAGUAGUUUACUUUUAUUUCAACAGUGUUAGGCGUUUAAUUCUUAAAGACUGUUAUUAUGUUCUGCGGAUGAAGCGAAAUUUGAUUUCUGUUUCUUGUUUAAUAGGACAAGGUUAUUCUGUAAACUCUGCACAUGAUGCGCUUUAUAUUUUAAAGAAUAAAGCUCCUAUUUGUGCUGGACAUUUGGUCAAUGGUCUUUAUAUUUUAA